AGCUAAAUGAACCGGUAACGUUUAUUACUCUUACAGCUUUAUCAUUUAGAAAUGUCAGCUCGUAAAGUUCAAUCAAGCCUAAACCUUAGUGGAUUUUCUCCUAUUCAGUUGAAUACAAGAAGUCCAGUGUCAGUGAAAUCUCCUGGUAAAGAUUAUGGAAUCAAUGAAAGAAUUGAGAAAGGAAGAGAGAAAUUGAUUGCAGAUUUCGAUCGAUGGAAAUUGGCUGAAUCCAGCUCAAAUUUAACUAUAAAUUCAAUUCAUAAUUUAAAAGAAAAAUCAAGACAAAGUGCAAGCGAUCCUUACCCACCUGAAUUAGAAAACUUCUGUCAAAAACUGAAGACAAUUUCUACAGUGUUUAAGAAUGUUAUAGAUAAUGCAAUUUCAUUUAGAAAUGAAAUGAAAAGAUCGAUAUGCAUUCUUGAGUCCAUGAAUGACAAUGACGAGUUGAUGACGAAAUUGAAAGCAGUUCAAGAGUUUCUUGACUCUCUUAUAAGAGUUUAUGAACACAUCUUUAGUUCAAGGAAAUUUGUUGUUGAAAAUAUUGCUCAUGCAACGUCAAUGAAGGAUUCCAAUCUACUAAUCGCAGCUUGGACGUUUAAUUCUAAGAAUCAAGAGCUUCUGAAAAUGAUUACACAAUUAAAAAUUUCACCAGAAGAUUAUCAGUGGAAAAUAAGAUAAUUAAGGAAUAAUUAAUAAUAAAAAAGUUGUGAAUACUCCAAGAAAAAAUCAUUGGAAAAUUUAUUCAUUAAUUUAUUUAUUUAUUUACAUUUAAUUGAAUUAAGUGC